CAACCUCAUUUUGAUUAGUCAUUGCGGAGAGAUCGAAGAUGUAAGUGUAACUCAGACAUCAUCGGCUCUUCCUUCCACGUGCACUACUAGAGAAGAAAUAAAUCGGUCACACUAAGCAGUUAACGACCCUCAAUACUUCAAAUCCCCAGUGUGGAUCCCACAGCUUUUGACCUCCUUAGUAAAUAUUUGAUUUCUUAGUCAUCUUUCAUCCAUCAGAUUCUGUUUCUUGGAAAUAAUGCAAGGAAGUGGCAGUAGGGUACGAAUUCGCUCGAGGUGCGUGGUGCGGCGGGAGUACAAAGUGUUUUCAUAUCGUUUUUGUAGAUUGAUCCUAAGAAGGCGUUGAACAAGAUGGAGGGUCGCAUUACAGCGUUUAGCAGUAUUUGCGAUUGGGCACAGGAUUUUUCCCAACUCCAGGCGACACGACAAUCUUCUCAUAGCCCUCGUGCCUUAUCCCCCACAAGUUUUGCUUUCUGGUCUUCCAGAGAAAAAAAAAGUUCUUUUGUCGUGCCUCUGCCGCCACCAAGUGCUCGUCAGGCGACUAUGGCUGCUGCUGAAGCGGGAAAACCUCCAAGACGAGAGCUUUUUAAAGCCUUAAUCGGCCAAGAACUCGAAGAGGAAGACGGAGUCGCGCAUGCUUUUGACACUCUGACAACCGGUGGAGAGCAGCUUCAGCCAAUUCACGGAGCAAUAUUCGGACAAAGAGGAAAAAAGUCAGCAACAGGACAGGGACACCACGGAGACGGAAACAGUGCAGCCGACCGACACGAGUACGACGAGGAGGAUUUUCCUGAUGAGUUUGAUGAUGAAAAUGAUAAUCUUCUAGCUCAUCACGACCAUGGAGUUGCUAAUCCUGCACUUUUUUCGGAUGCUAUAAGUAGUGGCGCAAACGCAGCGCGGCGGCGAGUUGACGAGAUGGCAUUCGAAUCCUUCCUAGGAACGCAGAUGGAGCGUCGUGCCAAGCUUAAGGGAGAACGGGACGCGCAAAGUCUGCUGGACUCUAUGAUGGCAAACUACAAACUUGCAGUGAAAAACUUUCGCAAACGAAAAUUGCGCGAACACUUCCGAAAUGCUGCACAGUAAUAGAAGAGCAUGAUUUAAGUAGAAAGUUCUACGACUUUGUCCCUUCCACGCGCUGUUUGUAUUUUGGCGUCGAGAAUUCAUAUCUCACGUGUACAAGUGCGAUAGUAGUCGAUUCCUGCCUGAAUAUCUUUCGCGUUUUCCAUGUGUUCAGAUUUGCGAACCGGAUAACAGUUUGGUAACAGUAAAAGUUUGGUAACAGUUGGUACCGCGACAUCAUAAAAGAAAUAGGAACUACUCUCAUCUCUUGUCUAUCUGAAUUAUGCUCCAAAACAAUCCAAAUACAAGUGAGACGUUCAUCAUGAUCUCUUCAAGAAGAAUCGGUG